AGGCUCGUUCGUCUGACAGGUAUUAACAUUCAGAAAAACAAGAUGCAGCGGCGCGGGCAGGUGAGGCGGGUCAGGCGCGCCUUGGCCACCUCAAGCCGACAGAACAAGUAAGGACCGGCUGCGACACGACAAAAAAGGCCCCUUGCCCAAGCCCGGCACGGUUUUCCCCUUAUUGCCCGGUUCCUCGGUUUCCCGACUGGCUGUGUGGCGACCCCGAGCUUCUCCCACCGAGGGGCCGAGAACUGGGGAGUCAUGGCUGACGUGAAAGUGAAGGUGCAGCCGCCCGACGCGGAUCCGGUCGAAAUAGAAAACAGGAUUAUAGAAUUAUGUCACCAGUUUCCCCAUGGAAUCACAGACCAAGUAAUUCAGAAUGAAAUGCCUCAUAUAGAAGCCCAGCAGCGGGCCGUGGCCAUCAAUAGACUCCUGUCCAUGGGUCAGUUGGAUCUCUUAAGGAGCAAUACGGGACUACUGUAUAGAAUAAAGGAUUCUCAGAAUGCUGGCCCUGUCUCAUUCUUUUUAAGUAAAAUGAAAGGAUCAGAUAACCAAGAAAAACUAGUAUAUCAAAUCAUAGAAGAUGCAGGAAAUAAAGGAAUAUGGAGCAGAGAUAUCCGGUACAAAAGUAACUUGCCAUUAACAGAAAUCAACAAAAUUCUAAAGAAUUUGGAAAGUAAAAAGCUUAUCAAAGCUGUUAAGUCUGUGGCAGCCUCAAAAAAGAAAGUAUACAUGCUCUAUAAUCUACAACCGGACCGGUCUGUGACUGGUGGAGCCUGGUACAGUGAUCAGGAUUUUGAAUCAGAAUUUGUAGAGGUGCUUAACCAACAGUGUUUUAAAUUCCUACAAACCAAGGCAGAAACAGCACGAGAAAGCAAACAGAAUCCAAUGAUACAAAGAAAUAGUUCAUUUGCCUCAUCACAUGAAGUGUGGAAGUACAUCUGUGAACUGGGGAUCAGUAAGGUAGAGUUGUCCAUGGAGGACAUUGAAACGAUCUUAAAUACACUCAUUUAUGAUGGGAAAGUGGAGAUGACUAUCAUUGCUGCAAAAGAAGGCACAGUUGGCAGUGUAGACGGACACAUGAAACUGUACAGAGCAGUCAAUCCAAUCAUCCCACCCACGGGUUUGGUCCGGGCACCGUGUGGACUCUGCCCGGUUUUUGAUGACUGCCAUGAAGGUGGUGAGAUUUCACCAUCUAACUGUAUUUAUAUGACAGAGUGGCUCGAAUUUUAACAGAGAAUAGGAACUUUACUGACAUUUUGCAAAUGAAGUUACUUUGGGAGCAGAUAAUUUAACUCACGAUGGAACAUCAAAUUCCCUUGAAAGCAUACUUCACAAUAAUGGACAGACAUGCUGCUAUGCAAAAGUAUUUUUUUAAUCUAUGAAGACUAAAUUUAUAUUGGUAGAGUAGCCAACAGAAUAUGAAACAGGUAAGGUUAGUAGUGAAAUUCGUUCUUCAAUAAAUAUAAUACUUUGAACUUCCAGAAGACCACCUUCUGAAGCUUUCAAGACUUUUGAUGGUUCAUGGAAAAAGAAGCCAACAAAUCCAUAUUUGCCAUAUACUACAAUAAUGACUAAAGUUUAAAAAUGUCCAUUUUAAAGUUAUUUAUGAAGGUCUUCAUUGGAAAAUUUUAUCUGGUUCACUAUUGCCAUUUGUUUUCUCUUUUCUCAGUGGUUUCAUUGGGAAGGAAUCAAACGCGGUGAGGCAGGAAUAGCACUUAGAGGCAUGAAUGGGGGAGAGUGUGGAACAUCCCUUUCCACACACUAUUCAUUCCUUUUUACAUAAGAAAUAUUCUUUGAGUGUUAUGCCUUUGUUCUUACCUCAAAUGCAAAUGACUGUUGCCGGAGAUGGCUUCAGUGCAUAAAUAUGAUUAUUCUAGUCCUAAAGAGAAUGUCUUCACUGAUCCUUCUUUGUCAGAGUCUUCCAAGUUUCACUCUGUGGCUCAGCUGCCUUAUUUGCUAGAAUUGCCCUAUAAUGCAUUGCCCUCCAUUCACACUUUAUUGUGAGCGGGGUACCACUCGACUUUUCUUGUCUUAUUUUAGAUUUUUUUUCUUUACAGUCUUAAAAGUCAUGGUGUAAUUGGUCUAAGCUAAGCAGAAGGCCAUUAUAAUUUUUCUCAGUUCUAAUAGUACUUUCAAGCCUGUGUUAUUUGGUGUAUUGUUGCACCGAAGUUAGCAUUUUAGGAUCUCAGCUGUUGUAUUUUCACUUUGUAGCUCUACUUAAUGAUUUCUGUGUCCAGGCCAAAAGCAUGGGACCAAAGGAAAGGAACUCAAAGCCAGCUACUACUGAGGCCUGAGUUCAAACACCAGUUUGGAUAUACUCCAAGUGGUAAACAUCAGAAGGGUUAUUUUGAGAUAUAUGGGAUCAAUAAAAUAAAAUUCAGCUCAUUAACCAACUAAGGUGGAGACUGUGGCCAGCUGUAUAGAAAUAUAAUCAAUAACACUAGGACUUUGAAACAAACAUCAUUUCAGGUAUUGGAUAUAUAGAAGAUAGAGAAGAAUCUGGGAGCUGAAACUACAACACCCACAGAGAGUGCUGGAAUAGUAACAUUAUCUGUCCUUGGGACCUGGCCUGUCAUUAAAGUACUAGUCUUAUUUCAUGAGAAAACUGAACCUGGGGGAGAGUUACAGGUGGGGAGAAGGAAGCAGUUCAUGUAUUAAAUACAGACUUUGCAUUGUGUCUUGACAGCCAAAGAUUUUAAAGCUUAUAAUCAGAGACUGCAACAUAAAUGCUUUUCCCACAGCAUGUUUUUCAUUCUAAAUAGCAGCUGAAGGAGAAAAGGGACAAAAAUACUGUGCCUUUAAUACAUAAUUAAGUGGAUAUUUACCCAUCAGAAGUAAACUGUGACUAAAACAAAUUAUGGAGCUAUUGAUUCCUGACACGAGAAAAUCAAAUUGUGAGUGAAGUCCUAAUCCUUAACAGUUGAUUUCCAUUUAGUAUAAGAUAUUUUGGUCACCUAAGUAUAGAUAUUCCCUGGAGUCUAUUAGGGCCCCUCAACUCUGCUUAAUAAUGAUCCAUUGGGAAUCAAUCAUGAGAGACCCAUGAUUCAGUAGUUUAAGUGGAUAGUUUAUGUGAGAUUUUUCUAUAAAACUCCUCUGAGCUUAAUUUGGUGAAGAGUAAAUUUUAUGCAGCCAUGAAUUUUAUGGCGAUCAACUGAGUAAAUGAGUCCAACAGUUUCAAGUUGAGUGACUUUUACUUUGAACCAUUAUUAUUACAUGAUGGGUAGGAAGAAUAAAAAUACAUGUCCUAAACUACCGCUGCCCCACAAACUUUUUGUAAGAAUGACAGUAUUCCAUAUCUACUAUUCAACAAAGCAGCCACUAGUCACCUAUGGCCGUUAAAAACUUGAAAUGUAUGAAUUUCAAAUAAGAAUGAAGAACUGAAUUUUUAAUCUUUUAGCUCCCUGUGGUUAUUGGCUACCAUACUGGAUAACACAACUAGGUCUAGAUUAAUUAUAGGAAUGAAGAAUAUCACAAUUACUUAUUUCUCAAUUUUAUAGAUUUGUUGCCUUUCUGUGGAAGAGAAGGACAACAUAAUAUUAUUAACUUAUUUGUAUAAGUUUGUAAUUUUUUUUAUGGCUUCUCUUUUUUUAAAAGAUUUUAUUUAUUUAUUUGACAGAGAUCACAAGUGGGCAGAGAGGCAGGCAGAGAGAGAGGAGGAAGCAGGCUCCCCGCUGAGCAGAGAGCCUGAUGCCGGGCUUGAUCCCAGGACCCUGGGAUCACAACCCGAGCCGAAGGCAGAGGCUUUAAUCCAUUGAGCCACCCAGGUGCCCCAGUUUGUAAUUUUUUUGACAAAGGACUUCAGAAAACAAGGCUGAGAGUAAGUAAAGCAAUGACUAAUAAUCCAAAUAGAAUCAUAUUUUGGUUAUAGGCUUGAUCAAAUUAUUGCUAAACAACCUCUUUAAGAAAAUUAUUAUUCAAUUGAUUUAUUGAAUUUGCUUUUCACUAACACGUCAAAUGAGUUGUUUUAAUUCUUAAUUUUUUUAAUUAUAAAAGUAAUACAUGUUUGCUAUAAUAAACUCAAAUACCCAGGUAAAUAAAAAGGAGAUUCCCACCACACCAUAUCUAAAAUUCCCAUUCCCCAAAGAUAACUGCUAUUAAAUGAUGAGUCUUUUUUUCUUUGAUCACAUUUAGAAACCAAAACUUUUCAGGUUAAAAUGAUGGCUUUGAAUCUCCUUUAGACAUAAACAGGGAAUUCACGUCUUUGCAGCAAACAUCAGGUUCUGCAAAUUCAAGUAUGGGGUCACUGGAAGUUGUUUGAGGCAAUACUUAGGGAUCAUAAUAGCCAAAAAAUGUUGGGAAAUAAAAAGCAUUUUUUUGAGGGAAUAUGAUCAGGAAAAAAAAAGAAAAUCAUGGAAUAACGCUUAAAUGAGAGCCAAAGGACCAUGGAAGUUAAAAGGUAGAAUUCUUUACAGAACAAAAUUUGAGGUAUGGAAAGAUUCUUUUAAAAAAUAGUUAAGAUUUUGUAACAAAAUCUAAGCUAUUCCCAUGAUUGUAUCUUUUGACAUUAUGGUCAUUUCUUAUGCUUCACAAAGAAUCAUUUAAAGCACCUAGCUAAGUCAGUCCUAAUGGCAGAGGUCACAAAUGGGUGACUUGGACUUUGUGUGUCUUGCAGUGUUUCUAAGUUUUUUAUUUAUGCUGUCACUGCCAAAUUACAUCAUCCAGAUGUACAUGUACUGAAUGUAACUCAUAUACAUAUGAACUGUGUAUACAAACAUAUAUAUAGUCCCUAAAUUUAAAAACCACUGCAUUGAGUUUUUUCCUUGAAAAAUCAGAAAAUUGGCAAUACCCUUCCCCUUCCCACAUGGCAACAAUUUAGAUAAGGCAUGAGUUCCCCAUGUUGCCCUAAUCACCACCACUCUAGUCUAGCACAGAUCUGAUUGGCUGUGCUCAUGUGUAUGUCCAGGUUGGGCUUAUGGUCACUGUCUGACCUGGCAGACCCGACUCUUAGUUAUGGAUGGAUCAUUCUUUCUCAGCAUGAAGGACUGGGACAGGGUGUCAUAAAGAUGGGAGGCCCUGGUCUGCGUUUAAUGUCCUGGGCCAGCCCAAAAUAGCUAGUGGUUUGAGUUCUAAGCCAGCACUCUGGAUCUUUAGUCAGGUUUUCUUUUCUCCCAAAAUAACAAAAGGUUCAUUCCAAAGAGGAGUACCACUCCUACAACAUACACAGUAGUUCGUUUUAAUCUGAACUGAGAAUCAGGAAACCUGGAUUCCACUUCUGCUUAUUCACUUUGGACAGAUAAAGGUAGACAAACUGUCCUUAUGUCCCAAAUCAAAUGGGGAAAACACUGCUUCAGUUCAUAGCAGUUUGUGAGAUACAGAUCCUAUGGAAAAUGGAAAUGCUGUUUCUAACUUACUUUGAACGUUGAACUUGUGUUUUUUUUAGAACUUAAUUUGAUUUAUGUGUCCACUAAUCAUCUGGUCACAGAUGAUUUUUAUCUAUUAAUAACCUGGUAAUAUAAUAACCUGAUAAUUGCUCUGUCCGUAUACUGGAAUGCAAAAUAGCAGAAACCAUCCUGUCUAUGCUGGUACUUUCAGCAUAGACUUUACCACAAUAAUCAGUUCAUGAAACUCCACAUUCUGAAAGUGGCCACGGUCAGUGAAUUUGUACAAUUUGGCUUCCAGCCUAUCAGCCACUUCCUGUUGUUCCAUCCAGGGAAGGAAAGGAUCAUCAGUGGAGCCAAACUGUACAAUGUGAGGGCAGUUGGCUUUGAUUUUCUCCCACUGCCAGGGACGGUUGAAGUAUCCUAUGGGGAAAAAAAAACAUACAUAUAUAACCCAUUACCACCCAUGGAUAAUUUCCAUUGUAGCCACUGUAAAAUAUCUAGCAAAGACCAUAGUAGAGACACAAAGAUUCAGUGCCUAUGUGCCAGUGAGAAGUCCUUGUUUUCAAAUCUGUAGAGCUCCAUACCAUAGUCACUUGGGAAGGGGGGAGUACAUGGCUCAGAUAAAAUCAGGGUUCAAUGUAUUAGGAAGUGGUCUAUCACCUCUCAGAGGGCCCGAUUUGCAUCUAAAGAAGGGCAGUAAAUGUUUCUCAAAUGCUACUAGAGGUUUUUUUAGCCUAUCCAAAAGCCAGUACUGUUUAAACUGAACAAGCAGGGCGCCUGGGUGGCUCAGUGGUUAAGCCGCUGCCUUUGGCUCAGGUUAUGAUCUCAGGGUCCUGAGAUCGAGUCUCACAUUGGGCUGUCUGCUCAGCAGGGAGCUUGCUUCACCCCUCUCUCUCUGCCUGCCUCUCUGCCUACUUGUGAUUUCUCUCUGUCAAAUAAAUAAAUAAAAUCUUUUUAAAAAUAAAUAAAUAAAUAAAUAAACUGAACAAGCAUCCUUGUGACUAGAGGAAGGGCUUUUCUGUAUUGGUUUCUGCCUUCAAACUUACCACUGGCCCGCUCAUUUUCAUCCCCCAAGUCGGAGGUGUAUGCAGACACUAACACAAUAGCAUAUACUCGGUGUGUUUCUGCAUACCUGAAGAAAGAGAAAUGAUGUCAGCUAACUUAGUGUUAAAUCUGACUGCCAAAAAGUAAGACAAAACCAAACCAAACCUGAAAACUCAUUUGAUUCAGCUUACAGAAAGCAGGUGCUAUCACUUGUUGAGUUUAACAUGAAAAAUAGGAAGGAAACUGCAGAACUACAAGCCCGGUGUUAAUGGCUUACCCUUGGCCACUUGGUGAGUUUCUACUCUUUCAAGGUAGUCCAAACCUCUUUGGUAAUCCUUUCCAAAAAAAACAUAAGUGUAAUCAUUCUCUUUGAUGUGCCUGUUAACCUGCCUUCAGUGUGCAUCAGCAUUGCUUUGUCGGUCAACCUGUAGAUUCAGCCCAGAGCGUCUGAUGCAGAGGCUUGAUACAAGGCUCAGGAAUCUACAUUUUAAGGCAUGACACCUUCUCCAACCCAGAUGACAAACACCAGUGAUCUGUGAACCAUAUUUUAAGAAAUUCUGUACCAUGAUGGAAAUGUAUUUCUUUUGCCACACACUACAUUGCAUUGUAGUAAUUGUUUGUGUCAUAUUAUAUCUAUCUUCUCCAAUAAAACUUCAGCUCCUUAA